GGGAGCAGAGGAAGAGAGUCUAGCAGCAGCGUGGACAUGUCGGACCCGGCGGCGCAGGCCUUGCAACCCCGGCUUCUUCAAGCCCAGUCCGCUGGGCCAGCUGGGUCCAGUACGGCCGCGACAGGCUCCGGGUCGGGGAACAGUGACCCGGCGAGACCGGGACUUAGCCAGCAACAGCGUGCAAGCCAGAAGAAAGCCCAAGUCCGAGCUUUCCCACGGGCCAAAAAGCUCGAGAAACUUGGUGUAUUCUCCGCCUGCAAGGCUAGUGACACAUGCAAGUGCAAUGGAUGGAAAAACCCAAAUCCACCAUCAGCCACACGUAUGGACCUGCAACAGCAAGCAGCCAGCCUGAGCGAGCCGUGCCGCAGCUGUGGACAUGCUCUGGCUGAUCAUGUGUCCCACUUGGAGAAUGUGUCUGAGGAUGAAAUUAACAGGCUGCUGGGGAUGGUGGUGGAUGUGGAGAACCUGUUUAUGUCUGUGCACAAAGAGGAAGACACAGACACCAAACAAGUCUACUUCUACCUUUUCAAGCUGCUGAGAAAAUGCAUCCUCCAGAUGAGCCAGCCAGUUGUAGAGGGAUCCCUUGGAAGUCCGCCCUUUGAAAAGCCCAACAUCGAGCAGGGGGUUUUGAAUUUUGUUCAAUAUAAGUUCAGCCACCUGGCACCAAAGGAAAGGCAGACCAUGUUUGAGCUGUCAAAGAUGUUUCUCUUGUGCCUAAAUUACUGGAAGCUGGAGACCCCCACGCAAUAUCGCCAGCGCACCCAGAAAGACGACGGGACAGCAUACAAAGUGGACUACACCAGAUGGCUGUGCUACUGCCACGUCCCUCAGAGUAACGACAGCUUACCGCGAUAUGAAACCACUCACGUGUUUGGCCGCAGCCUGCUCAAGUCCAUCUUCACUGUGACCCGACGCCAGCUCCUGGAGAAGUUCAGAGUGGAGAAGGACAAACUGCUGCCAGAGAAACGCACACUCAUCCUUACACACUUUCCCAAGUUCUUGUCCAUGCUGGAGGAGGAAAUCUAUGGCGAGAAUUCACCAAUCUGGGAGGCUGACUUCACCAUGCCGGCCUCCGAAGGCACACAGCUCGGACAUCAGACGGUGAUCAGUCCUGCUGCAGUCUCUGGCUCCCCUGCUCUGCCCAAAGGUCUGAGCAGCAUCUCUUCUCUUGGCAGCAUGGACGCUGGAGGUGCAGAGCCCAUCACAGGAGAGAAACGCAAACUUCCGGAGGCGUUGACUCUGGAGGACGCCAAGCGAAUCCGUGUGAUGGGAGACAUUCCUAUGGAGCUGGUCAAUGAAGUCAUGAUGACAAUCACUGACCCUGCUGCUAUGCUGGGACCAGAGACUAAUCUGCUGACGCCAAACGCUGCCCGUGAUGAGACUGCCAGGCUGGAGGAGAGGCGGGGAAUCAUAGAGUUCCACGUCAUCGGAAACUCGCUUUCUCAGAAGUCCAACAAGAAGAUCCUGAUGUGGCUGGUUGGCCUGCAGAACGUCUUCUCUCAUCAAUUGCCUCGCAUGCCCAAAGAGUACAUCACACGCCUGGUGUUCGACCCGAAGCACAAGACCCUAGCCCUUAUCAAAGAUGGCCGCGUCAUCGGAGGCAUCUGUUUUAGGAUGUUUCCCACUCAGGGCUUCACAGAGAUAGUCUUCUGUGCCGUCACAUCCAAUGAGCAAGUUAAGGGCUAUGGUACCCACCUGAUGAACCACCUGAAGGAGUACCACAUCAAACACAACAUCCUCUAUUUCCUCACUUACGCUGACGAGUACGCCAUUGGCUACUUCAAAAAGCAGGGCUUUUCUAAAGACAUCAAAGUGCCGAAGAGUCGAUACCUGGGAUACAUCAAAGACUACGAGGGAGCGACCCUCAUGGAGUGUGAGCUGAACCCCAGGAUCCCCUACACCGAGCUCUCUCACAUCAUUAAGAGACAAAAAGAGAUUAUUAAGAAGCUGAUUGAGAGGAAACAGAGUCAGAUCAGGAAGGUUUACCCCGGUCUCACAUGCUUCAAAGAGGGCGUGCGGCAGAUUCCAGUGGAGAGCAUUCCAGGAAUAAGAGAGACAGGAUGGAAACCCAGUAACAAGGACAAAGGGAAAGAGGUGAAGGACCCUGACGUGUUGUAUAACAUGUUGAAGAACCUCCUGGCCCAGAUAAAGACUCAUCCUGAUGCCUGGCCCUUCAUGGAACCAGUGAAAAAAUCGGAAGCUCCAGAUUACUACGAGAUCAUUCGCUUCCCCAUCGACCUAAAGACCAUGACUGAGAGACUGAAGAAUAGAUACUAUGUGACCAAGAAGCUUUUCAUUGCCGACCUGCAGCGAAUCAUCACCAACUGCCGCGAGUACAACCCUCCAGACAGCGAGUACUGCAAGAGUGCCAACACCCUGGAGAAGUUCUUCUACUUCAAAUUAAAGGAUGGAGGCUUGAUCGAGAAAUGAACUCGGCAAUGGAAUUAGAUUUCCAAUUUCUUAACAGAGGAAGAGGAGACAUCGCUAGCUAUUGUCAUAUCUUAUUUAAUAAAAGGGUAUGUACAUGAUACAUUUUACAAGGGAACUGUUGGAACAUAACAGAAGGUUGUUAGGAAAUAUCAAAGUUGAGCAUUACAAAGUGUCAAAAUGGCAUUACCUUUCCUCUUUCAGUUUCUCUUUUCCAGUACUCAAAGUGGGUCAAUACUCUGCAUAUACAUGUUUCAUUAAGUGUACCAAAGUUAUAGGUCCAAGUUAUAACAAUGCCACACUUUUCACCAUUAUUUAUAGUAUGAUUGACCUGGUUUUUGUCGCAUUUAUUGACAUUUGUUCAUUCCAAUUUGCUUAAAACUCGUCACUCGAGCAGACGUAGAGUAUGUAGUGUAGAGUUGUUUCACAGAAAACUGGACCUCGGGACCUAAAGCCACGUUGCCUUCCGUUACUGACAGACACUUGAACAUCCCAGCCAUCUUCAUGGGUGUAGAGAUGCAUGUUUUUUGAGGGGUGAAGUCCUCAAAACACGCUUGAAAGAUGGGCAGUACUUUGACUCUUGAGUAGUCUUGAUUUGAUCAGUCAAAAAAAAUGAAUCGGAUAUAAUUGUUGAAGUCGUUAAUGGGGUGCAAAUUCGGAACAUUUGCUGGUUUUAGCUCCGGUGUAUAUUGAAUAUGUUUUGACUGUUGGUCAGAAAAGAGCAAAUUAUUUAUCAUUUAGGUUGUAGCAACAUUAUUUAACAUGAAAAAAACAUUGCAGAUUAUAAAAAAAAGUGUUUGUUGCAGCCCUACUCUUGAGUAGUUUGAGACACUGUUAUGGCUGGACUGGGCAUCAAAUAUUUCCAGCACUUGAGUGCAAAACAAAAUAAUUUCCCCAACCGUUGCCUUCAAGAAAACACUGUUGUUUUCAUGUUGACAACAACAUAGUAGAUGCUUAUUUAUACAGUAAACAUGAAGCAUACUGUUUUUACAUCAUUUUCCACUGGCAGGGUUUUAUUCCAAACCAUUUAGGAUGAGGUCACACCUUAGCAUAGCUUUGACCAUGCUUACAGGUGAUACUGUUGUUGGCAUUGAUUUGUUCUGUUGCUAGAUUCUGUAGUACAGUCACUUCUGCACACAUAUGCUAAGUAGUCUAUUAAGUGUACAGCCACAUUGUUGUGGUGGUCACAAGUUUACUGGAUAGUUUGUUCGUGAGGUCUGGGUUUGAUGAGUUAGAGCAGCAGCUAACCAGCAGUCCUCAUCGUGAUUCUGGGCUUUUGGAGAGAAGAUAACUGUGGUUUAUUUAUCACACGAUGUAGUGGGUGUUAAUGCAUGAUUGGACAGUUUACAAUUUCAUUUCAUAAAAAAACAUCCAACUCACAGCCACUGUUGUUGCAGGUUUUUUUUUUUUUCAGUGUUACAAACAUUGUAAUGUUUGUUCAACGGUCAGUGUCAAACGGAGUGCUUCCUGAGAUGCAUCCACUUCUUUUAUAGGAAGUAACAGUCCAAUGCUGGUUGAGCCUGCUUGUUGAAUGUUCCAUUGACUUGUGUGUGUAUAUGUGCGUGCGUGUGUGUGGGUGUGUGUUUAUUUUGUACUUGAAUCAUGACUAGCUUUGAAUUACUGAAGUGAUGUCAGUGUUGCAUUAUUCAGGGUUGUCUAUUGGCAUACUUCUCCCUCAAUCUACCUAUGCUGCAUUUCAGAUCUUCUUAAAAAGGUCAGUCUGAGUUUGAGGAUGGCUACUGUCUCUAGUUAUGGUAUAAAUGCCAUUUACUGUAACUGUAAUACCGUUCAUGACAAUAAAGGUUUGGUUUUUUUAUACAAA